CCGUGGUCGGGCCAAAACCGUUUCCUGCACCCUCUCCAGAGCAGCCCCGCCGGCCAGCGAGGCGGCGCCACCAUGGCUGACAGCCGGGGCUCUGCAGGCAAGGAGACCUUGGGCUCUUCCAGUCCUAUAGUGCCUCCGCCGGAGGGAGCGGGCCCCGUGGCCGGGGGGGCGGCGGCCGCGGCUCCGGGCGGCGUGAGCGGAGGGCCAGUGGCCCGCGAUCCGCCGCCGCCGCCGCUGCCGCUGUGGGAAGCUCCGAGGAGGGGCCCCGCUCCGGCGCCCGGGGAGGCGGGGGGCGGGGUCCCCCCCGGCGGGCUGGCGCUGCGCUUCGACAAGCCCAUCAAGCAGGCCUUCUAUAACACGGGCGCGGUGCUGUUCGUGUGCCUGUGCUGCGGCGCCGCCGUGCUCGUGUACUUCAUCCUCGAGGCCUUCCUCCGGCCGCUGCUGUGGGCGGUGCUGUGCGGCACCUUCCUGCAUCCCUUCAAGAGCUCCCUCACGCGCCUGGGCCGCCGCUGGCUGCACCGCCUGCACCGCGCGCACACGCCCAUCGUGCUGGCCGCGCUGCUGCUGCCGCUCUGCUUUGCCAACUACGGCGUGGAGGCCCUGGGCGAGCAGGUGCUGCGGCGCCGCCGCCUGCUGCUGCUGCUGGGCGCGGGCGCGCCCCUGCUCUACGCCCUCUACCAUCUGGGCAGCUACCUGGGCGUGCAGGUGCUGCUGGCCUACGCCUGCUCCCUCAUCUGCCAAGGGCUGGAGUACUUCAACACCCUGUGGAUCUGGACGUUGGUAGUUGGCUAUGUGUUGGCUGUUUUAUUCAAGUGGAAUGCAAGUACUGAACGCUACUUGAGAGCAGUUUCAAUUCCUGUCUGGAUUAUAUUACUUUUCCAUUUAGCAUCUCUGGCUGGCUCCUGGAGGAUUCCAGUAUUCCUGGUCAUAGUUUUUCUGAUGUCUGUAGGCACUCUUUAUGAAAAGCAGAAUGAAAAAAUCUCCUCUGGAACAGAAUUACCUGGUCAGGUGAUUUCUAUUGCUGCUUCUACAUUGGCCACAUUUGCCAUAUCCAUUACAGGAUACGAACCAGGUCAGGAAGAACAUAAUUCAGCCCAGCAACCCACAGAAAUCUCAAAUGAUGGAGAGCCUACCGGUCCGGUUUCAUCUUCUUCUUCUGCAUCCUCCCCAUCUCCUACUAUGAACAGACAAAGAGCUGAGAUGGGAACAUUUCUUAGAAAGAAAAAAACCAGUGAUGUCUACUUUGUCACCCUUGUAUGGGCUAUCAUUAUAGUUCAGAUAUGGUUAAAUUUGUGGAUUGUCCAAUUACUUCCUGUGCCUGUUGCAGUCUGGAUACUCAAAAAACUUAUUAUACACUUUGGAGUUGUCAACUUCUUAAAGAAACGUUGCUAUGGUUGGUGGCAAAUUCUGGAAAAGUUUUUGAAGGAACGGCAAGAAGCUCUCACACCAUGGCCCAUUAUAGGGCUUGGAAAGUUCAUGUUAAAAGUUGAUAGUAAGCUCUGGCAUUGGCUUAAUAAGAAGAUGAUCAUAUGGUUGGAGAAAAUGCUAGAUAAAAUAAUCAGCAUUUUCAUCAUAUUUUUGCUAGUAAUAGGGACCCUUCUUCUGGCUCUACUCCUUACAGCAAAGGUGCAUCAAGAGAGUGUACAUAUGAUUCAAGUCACAAGCAACUUAAUCAAUGAGACUGUUGCCAACCACCCUGAAUGGGCGAAUUGGCUUCCUGAAGCUCAGGUAGUUCAAAGAGCUCUCAAUUCUGCAGCUAAUAACGUCUAUCAGUACGGACGAGAAUGGAUAACACAUAAGCUUCGUAAGAUUUUGGGAGAUAAAGUAAAUAAUACUGCUGUGAUUGAAAAGCAAGUACUAGAACUCUGGGACAGACUGUAUCACUCUUGGUUUGUAAAGAAUAUAACACAUUCUGGAAGGCAUAAAGGUCACAAGAUGACUAUAAAUCGUCAAAAUAGUUGGCUUGGAGAUAUUCUGGAUUGGCAAGAUAUUGCUUCCUUUGUUCAUGAGAACAUUGAGACAUUUCUUUCUAUUCUGGAAUCCCUAUGGAUAGUGAUGAGUCGCAAUGUGAGCCUGCUUUUUACUACAGUUACAACAUUACUGACAAUUCUUUUCUAUAGUGGGACAGCCCUUCUCAAUUUUGUGCUAUCUUUGGUAAUUUUCUUGACCACACUAUUUUAUUUAUUAAGUUCCAGUGAUGAAUAUUAUAAACCAGUGAAGUGGGUAAUUAGUCUGACACCACUGUCUCAGCCAGGCCCUUCAUCUAACAUAGUUGGUCAAUCUGUGGAAGAGGCCAUAAGAGGUGUGUUUGAUGCUUCCCUGAAAAUGGCUGGGUUCUAUGGAUUGUAUACUUGGUUGACUCAUACCAUAUUUGGAAUCAAUAUUGUCUUCAUCCCAUCAGCAUUAGCAGCAAUACUUGGAGCAGUACCAUUUCUGGGAACAUAUUGGGCAGCAAUACCUGCAGUCUUGGACCUAUGGCUUACUCAAGGAGAAGGAUGUAAAGCCAUCUUGCUUCUGGUUUUUCACCUCCUGCCAACCUACUUUGUAGAUACUGCAAUCUACUCUGAUAUAUCAGGAGGAGGCCAUCCUUACUUGACUGGUUUAGCAGUGGCUGGUGGAGCAUACUACCUAGGCCUGGAAGGAGCCAUCAUUGGUCCCAUACUUCUCUGUAUUCUGGUAGUUGCCUCCAAUAUCUAUAGUGCCAUGUUACUAAGUCCAACAAACCCUACACCCACGCCAAGUCAGACACUUUGGUGUCUACAGACACAAAGAGGAAUUUCUGAAGAUGCAAAAUCAUCAGAGUGAUGUUGUACCAACUUCUUUAAGAAAUUCUCCUUCCAAUGAGUUUAGAACAGCGAUGGACUUCUGUCCUUCCAGCUGUAAUGAUCAAGAAAGGCCCAGUGAAGUGGCAUUUUGGAAAGAAAAUGUGUCUGCUGGCCUACAUAUGGAGCACUUUGAUUUGCAAGAAAGAACAAAUGCUGCUGAUGGAUUUGCAUAUUGACAUGCAACCUUACAGCAGAGAAACUUGUUUCAUGACUUCUUUUUUUUUUUUUAGAAAAUGACCUUGAAAAGUUUUAAGUUAUUCACUGGAGGCAUGACUGUUACCUAUUGGAACAGCUGACUUGGAAGUUUUCCUCUAUGGUAAUCGGUUUUGUUCAAAUAGCUUUGAAACGGGCAAAAUCAUAGCUGUUUUUUCCUAAGGUGUCCAGGAAAAUGAAGGAUAUAUGUGCUUAAAAUAAUUUUAAGAGCUCUAAAGUACCUGUUAUUAAAAGUACAUAUAAUUAAUUUAUUUUGCUUUUAAAAAUUUGUUUUAACAUAUUUAUAUAACCACUUUUCCAUGAAGAGUGCUUUCAAGAAACUUAAGAGAGUUGCAGUAUUCAACUGUAUGAGGAAGAAGGAUAAUGAUCUUUCUAUCCUCUUUUCCUGCCUUCUUACCUUUGUUAAGAAAGAACAAACUGUAUAGAAACAGCUGACUUGGAAUUUAGAUUUUACCCUUGGGUGACCCAGAAAGACAUUCUUAAGGAUAAAAACAUAGCCACAUUCCUGACAUUGAAAUGAACUACUUUGUUUGAUUGCUUUUGCUAGCCCUGCAGUCAUUUUUAAAAAUAGGAUGCACAAUUACAUGUUUCCCCCCCCCCCCCACUUUGUUUUAAGUGGAGAUAUCAAGUACAAUAAUGGUUUGAUUUCUAAAUCCAGCUUUUUUCUUCACAUUUGAAAUUUUGCUCACAUCAUUUAUUUAUUUUUAAUAAUAAUGCCUUAAGUUUAUGGGACACAUUUAGCUUUUUAAAGUUAUUACUGUUAAACCAUUUUUCACCCGCACAGACUGAGCGAAUAUUAUUGUCCCUGUUUUGCCGAUUAGAAUAUUAUGGUUGUAUGCAUCAUUUUAGAGUUAGAAGAGAUCUCUGUCAUUUAAUGCUAUUCUUUUGUUUUAAAGAUGAGGAAGCUGAGGUCCAGAAUAGUUAAAUGCCAUGCCCAACUUCUCAUAUGUGAUAAAGUAGUGAUGUUGGGAUUGGAAUUCAGGUCUUCUGACUCAAAAAAUCUGAUGUACUUUCUAUUGUACCACAUUGCCUAGUGAAUGCUUCCAAAUCUAUAAUUUAAUUAAUGUGGAUGCUUCCUGCAAAUUUAUAACACUUCCACACCUUAGUCUUUAAUAAAAGAGUUUCCUGAAUUAUUAUAGCCAUAAAACUUUAAUUAGCUAGAAGCCAAAUUUCUGGUGAUGAUCAACCCCUAUAAAUUUAGUUGAGCUUGUCUUUGGUUGGCUAAAUCCUUUCAGAGUUUAUCUUCCAUUUGUAUAGCCUUUCAGAGUCAGGGUCACCUCCGUACCAUAAUGGAACAAAGGUAGAGGAUUUCAGGAAAGGACAUUUUUACAAUAUUUUAAGUUAUUUUAUAAAGCCUAUGGUUAUUUUUUUUCUUGCUUCAUCAUUUACUCCUUUGAUAUCAGCAUUAAACCAGAUUUCAAUAGAUGGCUCUUAUUUCACCAGCUAGAUAAUAUUCCAUUGAAUACAGAAAUCACAAAGAUAAUCCAGCUUUAGUACAUCAGUCAUGAGUGGGUUAGACUUCAAGUAAGCUAUCAAAUAAAUGACAGGCAAAAUAAAAACCGUUGAAGUAAGUAUUCCAUUUGCUGUCUUGAAAUUUGUGCAAAACUAGGAUAUAGACAAUUUCUGUUACAUUAAGGAUUUGUCUAGAGGUCCCCAACUAUAGGACAAGUAGGCUGAUCUUUCUGACUGCAGCUUCACAUUCUUAUUUGUGCCUCUUCUAUUUAUUAGCCUACAUUACCUGAAGCAAGUAAUAUUACCUCUCUGAAUCUCCACUUUCUGUAAAAUGAAGUAAUGUAAUUAAUCAUAUGAUUUCUUAUCUCUAGUUUCAAUGAUUCUCUGCUGUUUAAUUGGCACUUUUCUCUCCUUAAUAUGUGGUCCAAAAUAAGUCUCCAAUGUUUUUAUGUCAAGAUAAAAGAAGAACAGACUUAAAAGUAUUGUGAAUUCCUUGCAAAAUUUUUAAAAAUAAGAAUGAUGGCAUGAUUGAUAUAUCAGAACUCACCAAGAAGCAGUUAAACAUGCCUUUAUGCUUUGCAGAAAAGAAAUUGUUUAAUUUUCUUAAAAACAGCCUAAAGUUGUUGGUGUACAUUUUUUUGAGGUAUAUGAUUUGGAGCUUUUCAACUCUGAAAAAUACACACACAAACACACACAUCCUUACGCUGAUUUGAUAUGAGUAAAUUUUAAGAAAUUUACUCAAGGUCUUUUCAGUGUCUGUUCAUCUUUCACCUUUCAUUCUUCAUUUAAUGAGCUCUAGCUUGUUUUAGAAUAAACUCAGCUAGUGCAUGGCCUGAGCUAGUGGCUAAAGAAAUCCAAAGAUAAAUAAGAAGUAACUGUCCUCAAAGAGUUUCUGAUCUAAAAGUAGUCUUUAUCCAUGACAAACUUUUUUUUCUAUACAAAUAGGGUUCAAGCACAAAUAUUUUGUUCAGUGUAGUCACAUUACAGAUGAUUCUGUAAUGGUGAUUAACAACACACAUGUAACAUGUACAACCAGAGAUUAGGCAAAAACAUUCUCUGUUACUACUUAAGAUUUAUUCAAUUUCAUCAAAUUCUAAUAAAAACAGAUGGCAAUAGCUACCCCCACAACAUUGGUUAUAUUAAUUGAGCAUUUAUUAAGAAGCAUCCUGGCAUAGUGAGUAAACAAUAAGCUUUGAAGCCAGGAAGACCUGGGUUCAAGUUGCCUUUGGUAUUAUGCUCUAAGGAUGCUGAGCAAAUCAGUUAGUGUUCUUUACAUUUUCACGAGACCAUAAAUUACAAAGAAGACAUCAUCCUGAAUUGGUAGAGGUAGUUUCCUUACCUGGAAGAUCUCUAUACCAGUGAAAUCACAGCACCAGCCUACCUGUUCAUUAAGUUCCUACCACGUGUCUGCAGGGCACUGAACUGAGUGUUGAGCUAAAUUCAGAAAUUAAAACACAGUUCUACCCUUAAGGAGCUUACAAUUUGGUAAAAACUGGUACAUAAGGAAAUAUAAUACAAGUUCUAACAAGAUAAAUAGGAAAGUUCAAAUACAGCAUGGCAGCUUGGGGAAGAAGAAGAUGAUGAAUACCUUUGUGCUCAGCCCCACAUUAAGUAAAUAAGGCCCAUCUUCUAAUAGUUGAGCCCUAUUAUACAUUAACUAAUAAUUUAUUAGUUAUUAUUUUUGUAAGACUUUCAUUUACUUUUAUCAAAAAUUUCCAAAUCCUCUUUCAAGAGAGUUGAAUAGUUGUGAGGCAUCAUUAAUUAUAAAUGAAGUUCCUAUCCCAGGUAUGUCAUUUGUUCCAAAGCAAAACUUAAGCAAAAUUGUUUAACUUCUGAGCCCCAGAUCCCUUAUCUACAAAUUAAAGCUAGUCCUUCUCUGUCUUUGAAGGUUUUCAUGAGACUCAACAGAAAAUAUUAUUUGUAAAAGCACUUUAUAAGUUGUAAAGCACUGUUACAGAUAUACAAUAUUAGUAUUGUUAUUGUUAAUGUUAUUAUUAUUGCUGUAGUUUCACUCAUAGUGACCAUUAUUUCUUGAUUAUCCAGAAAUGCCAAAAAUGUGUUUAUCAAGUACCUGCUUGUAUCCACUGUAUUAUUUUUUUAAAUAACUCCAUGUUUAUGUCUAAUUUACUCCAAGCUUCAGAAUUACCCACCUAUCAGAAGAUAUGGAUAUAUUCAAUACCUAGUUCUUAAUAUUAGAUUCUAAGAAAGGUGGUGGGCUUCCACUUCUGAUUUUCUGGACAGGCUGUCUUCUCAAGCACCCAGUGUUCUGUCCAUAUCAUAAACUUCUAUUCCCUCUGUGGGCCUGCUAAACCUUCCUAAUGCUAGGAUUUGUAUACCAAUGGAAGUAUCUUCUGCCCAGUGCUUUCUAGUUUAGAUAACAGCUAAUGAGGAAUAACCUUAUAAUUUUAUUUUUAAUUAAUGUCAUAUAUUUAGGCUUAAUAAAUGUUUUUUUUUUCUUUUGAAGGUAAUUAUUUGAAAAUAUAUUGUAUCUAAAACCACUAGGCAUCUUCUUUUUUUAAUAUACAAAGAAGAUUACUUCCCUGAACUCUCCCAUAUUCAGACCACAUUUGGAAUAUUGUAUUCAGUCCUAUUGACACCACAUUUUACCUGAAGAAUGCUUAGGAGAGAGUAGUCAAGAUAGUGAGGAUGCUUAAAACCAAGCAAUAAGGUAUAACAAAGAAAAAGUUUUGAAGAGUUAUUAUAUAGAAGGAUGAGAGUCUUUUUGGCCCCAGAGAGGAGAUAUAAGACCAAUAGAAAGAAUCUCUUAAAUAGGCAGCUUCUUAAAUAUUAGAACUGCCCAAACAUGAGAUUGGAUGCCUUAUGUAAUCAUAGGUUUCCUGUCAUUGUAGAUUUUCAUGAGAAAGCUGUGUGACAUGUUCUUUGGAGAUGAUCUAGACAAGAUUCAGUGUGUAGAAGGGCUGUGCCAUUAUGACCUCUGAAGGUCCCUUCAACUAUCAAGAUACCUAGUUCCUAGCACAUACUAAGCACUUAAUAAAUACUUUCUUUGCCUAGGUUUUUUAAAAUAAUCAAAACUAUUUUAAGCCAGAAUACAUCUCCUUCCUAAUGCCUUGUAUCUUUCUAAAAUAAUAUUUUAUCAGGCUUUUGUGAGAUAUAUAUAUAUAUACACAUAUAUAUAUAUGAAAUAUGAAUCAAUGAAAACAUUACUAUGAUAUAUUAAUUCCUUCAGUAAAUUUCAUAGAUUUCAAGGUGAUAAUUUAAGUUUCAUAUUGGUUGUUAGAUCCUUAAGUUAUUAUGAAGGACAAUUCCUUUAUUAUAUGCAAGGUACUUUUAUUGAAGUGAUGAAUUUUUGCCUAAUAAUAGCCCUACCAUAUGAGCUUGAUAACUUAUUAUAUUCCACUUAUAUACAUUAGUUAUCUCAUUUAUUCCUCAUAACAAGUAAGGCAAGUAUCAUUAUCUCCAUUUGAUCUCUCCUUACAGAAUUUAUGACUUGCCUAAGUGCCAGAACUAGGACCAAAGCCUGCCUCUUGGUUCCCUGUCCAGUAUUGUUGCCCAUUAUACUCUGCUGCUGCCUUGUCUACCAGUGCACUUAUUAAUCUGUGGACAGCUGACAUUCUACCUCUCGCCCUACCAACACCCCAAUCCUUGUGUUUUUUUGUUAGUUUUUUUUCUUGAGUAAAAUUAUCAUUGUUUUGGUGAACUGUGGUAUCCCAAAACACCAAAUAUAAUGGAAUUUCUUUCUCACUAUAAAUUACUAAAACUGAAGAGUGCUUCUGACAGUCAAUCUCCAUUUUUUACGUUUGAAUUUUCCUUUUGAAAAUGCAACUAAAAUAUAUAGAAUAUCAUUGUGAAUUUUAAAAUUAUUUUAAAGUAAGAAAUAUAUCCCUUACUCUAGAGAGCAUCUAACAGUCCACUCAAAUCUUCCACAUUAGUAAUUUUGUCUCUCUGGUCUUUAUCUAAAUGAUCUUCCAGGUUAGGGAGAUAACAGAUUUUUGAUGGUAGGGUAAGAAAACAUACUAAGUUAUAUUUAGUGCUGACUUUUGAAGGGGAAAAGAUUGUUGGAUAUUUGGUUGCAAUGCAUGGUAGUGAAGCUCUCUCUGCCAAACUGGAAUAGACUCUAAAAGAAAGGACAAAAGAAAGUUAACAAAUAUCUUUUAACAUCAAAUUUAAUUUUUAAGAUUUAGUUAAAUCAUUGUAUAGCUAAAGAAAGCUCCCUUAAUAUGUAGGACUACCAGAAUGCCUGUAUCAAUCAGAUUUAAACACAGGUUUCCACAUUUUAAAAACAAAAACAAAAAAAGCCUAUUUAGAAUAAGGACUCUUAACCUGGAUCCAUAAAGCUCCAUGGAUAGAUUUCAAGUAAUCCCCAUGAACUUGGAUAGGAAGAAAAAUUAUAUCUUCCAUUUUUACGAACCUCUAAUUGAAAUAAAGAAUAUCUUUUAAUUAGUAAUUUUUAGAAAUUAUUCUGAGAAUCCCCCGAAUGUCUAGGAACUCCUAGUCUAGAAGUAUGACAUAGAUUUUACAAGUAUAGAAUAGCCUUAUGUGUCUUAAAGGAACAAAUUCUAUUAGCAUACCAAUAGAAUAGUAUUUUAGAGCUAGAAGGAAUGAAUUCAUGUAACUUCUUCAUAGCAGAGCAGAAAACAGGCCCACCCAUAUGAAUACUGUUAAUAGUGAUGACAGAGAAUGUUUCCUGUGAAGUAGUAUGACAUCCACACACAGUCCCUCACCACCAGCAACCACAAUUGGCAGAAUACUUAAUUUUACCCAGGAGAAAGCUUGUAUAUUGGUGCUACAUAUUUUAUUUCUCUUUCCAGCUGUCCUUUUUCAAUUUGUUCUGUUGACAUUGUUGUUAAAGAAAUUUUUAAUCUCCUAAAAUUUUGAACACUUCAGCCCUUUUUAACAAAAUAGUUUUGUGCUCACUCCUGCUUAGGAACAAUUCAUUUCUAUGAACCUUCAUGGUUUACAGAGCAUUUUUAUGUCCAUAGUUUCAUUUGUGUCUCAUAUAAUAAGCCCAUGAGUUAGAUUGAUUCAAGUAUGUUUUCAUAUUAUAGAUGAAGAAACAAGAAUAGUGAAAUAACUUGUCUAAAGUUAAUAAACUAAUGAAUUGAACUAGAAUUGGGACAUAGACAUCUGAUUUAAUAUUUUGUACUGCUUACACUAUACCAUGAUACCUCUCCAGCGUACUUUAUUCUUUUGUUCAGCUCCAAAUAAAGGCCCACAAUGGCAUGGAAUUGAAUUGCAAGUGCAUUUGUUCAUCAGAAUUCCCAAUUUUUUGGUGACCAAGUAUGUGUAUCAGUCCUUGUGUCUGUUUUCAGCAAAUCUGUUGUCCAUUCCAAUGACACCCUUGUGUUUCAUGUCAUAUAUAUCAUUUGAUUUUGGAAUCAAGAUAUGUAGCAGCAACGGCAUAUGUAACAAACUUGAAAAUAUCAACUCUGAGUCAGCAUAUUUCAAAACAAAGCAGAAAUAGUCUGAAAUUAGAAACAAAAGCAGAAUGGAGGUAGCAAAAGCACUCUUUCUUACACAAAUGAUAAUUUCUUAGCUUUCAACUUCUUUUGACAAGGUGCCAAUGUCAUUUCUUUGUAAAUGAAAACUAUAUUUUGAAAUAAAUUUAUCAGUGUUGAAUGUUUAAAAUACGAUUAGUGAUUUAAAUGAAAUUGUAUCUGUAUCAAGUGGCAAAAAAAAAAAAAAAAAGCUCCAUUCUAAUAUGGAUAAUGAAGAAAAGCUUAAAACAAA